AUGUCCAAGUCCACCUUCCACGAUGAGUACGACAGCAGAACCAGUAUUCGCCACACCGACGUACUCGGUAUACCUGAAGGCGAAGAGUGGGUACCUGCUAUACGGGCAUGA